UGACGUCAAAAUAUCAGAAGAAAAAUAUUUGGUUAGGAAUUCAAAGAUUUAUUUUGGUAUCGAAGAAAUGAAAACAUGUAGCAAAAAUCAAAUUCAUUCGCAAUAUAUACUUUAUUCAAGCUAGACACGUAGUACUGAUGUGAGUUUGUGCAGCGUCUAAGGGAACAUGGAAGCAAAUUUAUGUAAAAAAAUGUGCACUGUGGAAGAUCUUCCCGAUGAAGUCCUGGAAUUUAUUUUAAGUUUAAUUCCACCCUACAAAGAUCUUCAUCAGUGUAUGCUAGUUUCGAAGAGAUGGAGGAAAUGCGUUUGCAAUGUUACCAAAACAAGAAUUAGGAACUUGUAUAAAGCAAUUUCUGAUUUUGAUAUAUCAUGGCACUCCCUAACCCCUAUGCCAAUGGCCCCUGCUAUAACAAAGAGAUAUUCUCAUGUAGCAGCUGUACAUGAAGAUUCAAUGUAUGUUUUUGGUGGUUGCACUUGCACUAUGACAACAUUCAAUGAUUUAUGGAGGCUUGAUUUAUCAAAAAGACAAUGGAUUAGACCUCUCACAAUGGGAACUUACCCUUCUCCAAAAGCAUGCUGUUCAAUGGUCUCUUAUAAAAAUGAAUUAGUGUUAUUUGGUGGCUGGACAUAUCCUCCAGCAUAUCCCCUUCAUCAGAGCAUACAUCUAUUUAAUGAGUUACACACAUAUGACAUUCCUGCAAAUAGGUGGACUUCAAUAAAUACAGAGGUUUCUCCACCACCCACUGCUGGUCAUUCAGCAACUGUUCAUGGAGAUAUUAUGGUAGUCUUUGGAGGCCUUCAAAGAGCCAAUAAUGUUGUUCAUUCCAUAAAAUCCAAUGAUAUUUGGACACUUAAUUUGAAGACAUGGACAUGGCAUAAACAAGAAGUAAUUGGGCAUGUAAAACCAACUGAAAGAUAUGGUCAUUCACAAACUGCCCUUGAUGACAAACAUAUACUCAUAAUGGGUGGUUGUGGAGGACCUAAAUUUAAUUAUUCUGAUUCCUGGCUUUUGAUCAUGGAUGGUCCAUUGUGGAAAUGGAAGAAAGUAGAAAUCAAAAAUAGUAAUGAUGCUCCUCCUACCCUUUGGUGUAAUCCUGUAUGCAAAGUAGGAGAUAAAAUAAUUGUUCUUAGCCGUUGUCGAACUAACAGCUCUCUAAAGUUCGUGUAUUAUUCAAAAGGAGUGUGGAUUCCUCCAGUAGAGAGUGUUGCUGAACAAAACCAAAGAAUCGAUUCAGCAAAUCGGACGGUAGAUCGAGAUGAGAAUGUAAAUGGAAAAAGAGGCCUUUUUAGGAGCAAAACAGAAAAUAUCGGGACUCAACCGCAACCUGGUGCUAGUCAUGAAAGUGGCAAUAACAGCAGUAACAAUAAAAAAGGACAAGACCAAAGAGAAGCAGAGACUGAUGAUUUAUCAAAUAGGUCAAGUUUACAUUGUAGACGUAAAAUCCCUGAAGAUAAACAAAAAGAAAGAUUAGAACGGCUUCGUAGAUUAGAAGAGAAAUUAAGAAGCCAAUUUUCGAAUUGUAAUGGCAAUGGUAAACCCCAACCGAGCGAAAUUUGUGUAGUUCCAUCCCCAAAGAAACAAAAAAUAAACGUGUUAGGAAUGUACGUUUUAGACAUUUCGCAUGUCACCGAUGAAAACCCUAGUGUUACGUGGCUACCGGUGAAGAAUGACGGUGCAUUUACCCAAGGACCUGAAGAGACCAUUCUUUACACUUUGGUUGCAGGAAAGUCAGAACUUAUCAUGUUUGGAGGUAUUCAAAAGGAAGCAAAUGGAAUAGCAUGCACCACCAAUCUUAAAAAUCAAGUUUCUAAUUCUUUGCAUUUUAUUGGAGCCCCAAAACAUAUUAUUUAGGUUAUUUAUAAAAUGAUACCAAUUUCGUGUUUCUUGCCAUGUUAAAAUCAUUUUAAAUAUAUACCGACCUCUUUUUAUCAAUUAUUAAUUUUAUAAGGCUUCUAAAAUUGUCAUAAUUAUUCAUUUUAUAAAUAAAAUAAAUAAAUAGCUUAGCACUUUACUAUAAAAUGUGCGCAAAAUUAACAUUUAAACUUUAAGGCAAAAAGUUACACAGAAUGUACAAAUAUGAUUACACAUUCGUUCAAAACUGAAAGAAAGUACUGUGUUGUACCUCUGUGUGCAAUAAAAAUAAAGAUGUUUGAAAAUCA